UCGCCCGCCACUCUACCACGAAACCCGCCCUGUCCUUGCGAACCUAGGGCUCUUCUGCUCCGCUGCUCUGCCCCCCUAAUCGCCGCUCCGUGCUCCUCGCCGUUCUUCGACUGGAUGGCAACCAACGACGACCUCGCCCAGAUCGACAUCUCCACGGAGGAGAAGGACAAGCUGGUGGCCGAGGUGAUGCGCUACGCGCUCUUCAAGACGCACCAGACCUCCGGCUGCCCCAUCAAGCGGGAGGAGCUCACCCAGAUCAUCACCAAGAACUACCGCCAGCGCGGGCUCCCGGCGCUCGUCAUCAAGGAGGCCGGGGACAGGCUCGCCGCCACAUUCGGCUACGAGAUGAGGGAGCUCCAGAGGACCCGCGCCCCGUCCAACCGCUCUGCGCGCACCUCCUCCCAGCAGCUCAGCAACGUGGAUGCGAAGAGCUACGUCCUGGUAAGCAAGCUGGAACCUGAGGUGUACAGCAAGUAUGUCGAGGAUAAGGAGCGUGCCCAUCUGUCUGGCUUCGCUUUUGUUGUCAUAAGCAUUGUUCAUGUUGCCGGUGGCAAGAUCACCGAAGAGGACCUCUGGCAUCAGCUCAAACGGCUGGGCUUAAAUGAGAACGAUGAGAAUCACCCUCUUCUAGGAAACAACAAGCAGGCGCUUGAACUGCUAGUGCAGCAAAGGUACUUGCUCAAGGAGAAAAUUGCUGGUCCAGAAGGUCAUUUCAUGAGCUAUGAGCUUGCGGAGAGGGCAUUGGAUGAAUCCAUCAGUUCCAAGCUUAAAGAAUACAUUUCACAGGUUGUGGGCACAAGUGCUGGUACAGCAGAGUGAAGUGGAUACGAAGUGACAACCAGCAGGCCAGCCUAAGCUGAUUUGUACAAGGUGGCGAGACUCCAAUCAUGGCGAGGAGUCAUCUUGUAGGGACUUGGCGGAGGCUUGUUUAAGGGCUUGUUUGUAUAGGAUCGGAGAUGGUGUGCCUCUCAACUAGGAUAGACUGAUACUUUGGAUCUGAACAAACAUGAUAUGAGCUUUUGUGAAAGUUCAUCUGUCUGUGCUUUCAUUGUUAAAUGGAGCUUCAGAUCUUCAUGAA